CUCUUUCCCCUUGCAGACUGUGAAACCAUGGGAAACGCAGAAAGCCAAAACGUAGAGCACGCUUUCUACGGGGACAAACACGCCAGCCUGGGCCGAAAGCAUACUUCACGCUCGCUUCGCCUCUCGAAUAAAAGUUCUCGCCGGACGAGGCACGCUUCUUCAGGAAAAAUUAUCCACAGGAAUUCGGAAGUGAGCACCCGCUCUAGCAGCACCCCCAGCAUUCCCCAGUCGCUGGCAGAAAAUGGUCUGGAGCCGUUUGCGCAGGAAGCCAAUCUAGAGGACUUUGGGAGCCCCAUUUGGGUGGACCGGAUGGAUAUGGGCCUGCGGCCUGUCUCUUACCACACCGAUUCCUCUGUUACUCCCAGCGUGGACAGCAGCACUGUUCUCACGGCGGCCUCCGUCCAGAGCAUGCCGGACUCGGAGGAGAGCAGGCUUUAUGGUGACGAGCCUACGUUUCUGGCUGAGGGCAACGGCAGGCCACAUCGGUAUACUACAAAUGGGACGAACUUCAUGGAGACCGCCAGCUUCAAGAAAAAGCGCUCCAAAUCCGCAGACAUCUGGCGCGAGGACAGUUUGGAGUUUUCACUUUCUGACCUCAGCCAGGAGCAUUUGACGAGCAACGAGGAAAUCCUAGGCUUGGCAGAAGAGAAGGAUGGCGAGGCGGCCCGCGGGACAGAGGCAAGCAGCAGCCCCCAGCAGCUGGUCACCUGCCAGCGCGCCAAUUCUAUGACUGACUUGUAUUCCCCCCAAACCCCAAGUGCUACGAUAAACGGAGGCCCACGAAAUGCCUUUAGCGGGUACUGUCGGAAUUUAAUGUCCGAUAUCCCAGAUCUUGGGAGCCAUAAGAUGGCAUCAGUUACUGCUGAGGACGCACCUUCCUACAGUAAUUAUAAUACGCUUCCCUGUAGGAAAUCUCACUGCCUUUCAGAAGGGGCCACCAACCCGCAAAUUAGCCAUAGUAACAGCAUGCAAGGCAGAAGGGCGAAAACUACUCAGGAUGUAAACGCAGGUGAAGGGAGCGAGUUCACUGACAGCGGGAUUGAGGGAGCAGCCACAGAUACCGACCUCCUUUCUAGACGCUCCAAUGCUACCAACUCCAGUUACUCUCCGACGACCAGUCGAGCGUUCAUUGGCAGCGAUAGCGGGAGUAGCUCAACAGGUGAUGGCCAUCGCCAGGGUGUGUACGAGAACUUCCGCCGGGAGCUGGAGAUGAGCACCACCAACAGCGAGAACUUGGAGGAGGCCGGCUCUGCCCUCAGCGAUGAGCAAAGCAGUGGUACCCUCAGCUCCCCAGGACAGUCCGACAUCCUCCUGACGGCUGCCCAGGGCACGGUACGGAAAGCCGGAGCUCUGGCAGUGAAAAACUUUCUGGUGCACAAAAAGAAUAAGAAAGUGGAGUCGGCCACGCGCAGGAAAUGGAAGCACUAUUGGGUUUCCUUAAAAGGAUGUACGUUAUUUUUUUAUGAGACUGAUGGCAGAUCGGGCAUUGACCACAACAGCAUCCCAAAGCAUGCCGUUUGGGUGGAAAACAGCAUAGUGCAAGCGGUGCCUGAACACCCCAAGAAGGAUUUUGUUUUCUGUCUCAGCAAUUCACUUGGGGAUGCGUUCCUCUUUCAGACCUCUAGCCAGACAGAGCUUGAGAACUGGAUCACUGCAAUCCAUUCAGCUUGUGCAACUGCGGUGGCAAGGCAGCAUCACAAAGAGGACACAGUCAAACUUCUGAAAACAGAGAUAAAAAAGCUAGAGCAGAAGAUCGAUAUGGAUGAGAAAAUGAAGAAAAUGGGUGAAAUGCAACUCUCCUCAGUAACAGACUCCAAGAAGAAGAAGACCAUCCUGGAUCAAAUCUUCGUUUGGGAGCAAAAUCUUGAACAGUUCCAGAUGGAUCUAUUUCGGUACCGCUGUUAUUUGGCUAGUCUCCAAGGAGGGGAGCUCCCAAACCCUAAAAGACUGCUUGCUUUUGCCAGUCGUCCAACUAAAGUUGCAAUGGGCCGCCUUGGAAUCUUUUCAGUCUCUUCGUUUCAUGCACUGGUGGCGGCUCGCACAGGGGAGUCUGGAAUGAGAAGAAGGACACAGGCCAUGUCCAGAUCUGCCAGUAAACGGAGAAGCAGGUUUUCUUCUCUUUGGGGGCUGGAUACUACCUCAAAGAAAAAGCAAGGGAGGCCAAGCAUUAAUCAGGUGUUUGGUGAAGGAGUUGAUUCUGUAAAGAAAUCUCUAGAAGGGAUCUUUGAUGAUACGGUCCCGGAUGGCAAGAGGGAAAAAGAAGUAGCGCUGAGCAGUGUCCAUCAGCACAACCCUGACUGUGAUAUUUGGGUUCACGAGUAUUUUACCCCGUCUUGGUUCUGCCUGCCGAACAACCAGCCUGCUCUCACAGUGAUCCGUCCCGGGGAUGCCACAAGAGACGUUCUGGAAAUGAUUUGCAAGACCCACCAGCUGGAUCACUCCGCUCACUACCUGCGUCUUAAAUUCCUGAUCGAAAACCAGAUUCGAUUUUAUGUACCAAAGCCAGAAGAGGAUAUCUAUGAACUGCUAUACAAAGAAAUAGAAAUCUGUCAGAAAAUUACUCAGCACAUUCAAAUAGAGAAGUCUGAUGCAUCCUCUGAUACUUAUGGCUUCUCGCUGUCCUCUGUGGAAGAGGAAGGGAUUCGCCGGCUCUAUGUGAAUGGUGUCAAAGAGACGGGUCUGGCUUUCAAGAAAGGCCUUAAAGCUGGCGAUGAAAUUGUUGAGAUCAACAAGAAAGCUGCUGAAGACUUGGACUCAGCUUUGCUGAAAGAUGUCCUUGUUCAGCCGUUGCUGUGUCUUACAGUGCGUACAUAUCCUGAGAUAGAGGAAGGACAGAAAUUAAUGCAACCACCGCCACGUCGCUCGGAAAACCCAUCUGACCUGAGCGACAGCAUGCUGACAUUUGCUGGGAGCAACCAAGGGCACCCGCUUUGUGGCGACCCAGACAGCUCUGUUGAGACUGCUCCAGAAGAAACAGAAGUGCAAGACUUGGAAUCAUCUGAUGAGGCUGAUAAGAUGAGCAAGAGUACAGAGCAGGUUGCUGCUUUCUGUCGCAGUCUACAUGAAAUGAAUCCUUCUGAUUCGAGUGCUCAUCCUCAGGAAAUCACCGGACCCCAGCUGGCCACCAUGAGACAGCUCACAGAUGCAGACAAGCUGCGAAAGGUUAUUUGCGAACUUCUCGAAACAGAACGCACCUACGUCAAAGACCUAAACUGUCUGAUGGAGAGAUACCUGAAGCCUCUACAAAAAGAAACUUUCCUCACACCGGAUGAGCUGGACGUUCUCUUUGGGAACCUGACUGAAAUGGUAGCAUUCCAGGUAGAAUUCUUAAAAACUCUUGAAGAUGGAGUAAGGCUGGUUCCAGACCUGGAAAAGCUUGAAAAAGUAGAGCAAUUUAAGAAAGUAUUGUUUUCCUUGGGUGGAUCCUUUCUUUACUAUGCUGACCGUUUCAAGCUGUACAGUGCCUUCUGUGCCAGCCACACGAAAGUCCCCAAAGUACUUGUGAAAGCUAAGACAGACACGGCUUUCAAGGCAUUUCUGGAUGCUCAGAAUCCUAGACGGCAGCACUCCUCCACGCUGGAGUCUUACCUCAUCAAACCCAUCCAGCGAAUACUGAAAUACCCUCUCUUGCUGAAGGAGCUCUUUGCUCUGACUGAUGUAGACAGUGAAGAGCACUAUCAUCUUGAUGUGGCCAUAAAAACAAUGAACAAAGUUGCCAGCCACAUUAAUGAAAUGCAGAAAAUCCACGAAGAGUAUGGUGCGGUGUUUGACCAACUCAUAGCGGAGCAAACAGGGGAGAAAAAGGAGGUGGCAGACCUUUCUAUGGGGGACUUGCUCUUGCACAAUACUGUGAUAUGGCUUAAUCCUCCUGCUUCACUGGGGAAAUGGAAGAAGGAACCUGAGCUAGCAGCAUUUGUGUUCAAAACCACUGUGGUCCUUGUAUACAAGGAUGGUUCCAAACAGAAGAAGAAACUUGGAGGAUCGCAUAGGGCUUCAAUUUAUGAAGAGUGGGAUCCGUUCCGUUUUCGACACAUGAUACCUUUAGAAGCAUUGCAGGUUCGAGCAUUGGCAAGUGCAGAUGCAGAGACCAAUUCUGUAUGUGAGAUUGUCCAUGUUAAAUCUGAGUCCGAAGGCAGACCAGAAAGAACAUUUCACCUCUGCUGUAGUUCUCCAGAACACAGGAAGGACUUUCUGAAGGCUGUGCACUCGAUUCUGCGGGAUAAACACAGAAGGCAGCUUCUUAAAACCGAAAGUUUACCCUCAUCCCAGCAAUAUGUUCCUUUUGGUGGAAAAAGAUUGUGUGCUCUAAAAGGUGCAAGGCCAGCCAUGAACAGGGCAGUGUCAGCCCCAAGCAAGUCUCUUGGGAGGAGGAGGAGGCGGCUGGCCCGAAACAGGUUUACCAUUGACUCAGACGCCGUCUUCACAAGCAGCCCUGAAAAAGAGCCCCAGCAGCCCACGCACAGUGGGGACACUGACCGCUGGGUGGAGGAACAGUUUGACCUUGCUCAGUAUGAGGAGCAGGAGGACAUCAAAGAGACGGACAUCCUCAGCGAUGACGAUGAGUACUGCGAGGCGAUGAAAGGCGCCGUGGCCGACCGAGACCUUCAGGAGCGGCUGGAGGCUGCCACCAUCGCCGGCAGCCGGCCGUGCCGGGAGGACGGGUCGCGCGCGGCGAUGGACGCGCAUGCUUCCAGGAUGACCCAGCUGAAGAAGCAGGCGGCCUUGUCCGGCAUCAACGGCGACGCGGAGGGCCACGGCGAGGAGGUCAUCUGGGUGCGGCGCGAAGACUUCGUGCCUGGCAGGAAGCUGAACACGGAGCUCUAGGGCUGCCCCGUUGCCCUGCUGAUGUGGAGGGCGCCCUGUCCUGCCCCCCGUCCCUCCCCGGGCGCAGCGCGGAGCCGGGCCCCGUAGGUUGCACACUUGCACACACCCUUUCGGCAGCUGAAUCGGUCCAGAAGCCAUGCGGCCACGCUUUUAGGUACCUGUAAAAGCAGAAACGCUCAAAAUCUGACCCGGAAUAAGCUUAAGGUCCUGUCUUAUGUUACCAAGGGCUUUUACACUAUUUUAUUUAUUCUAAAACAAUCAGGGGCUGAAAUUUAAAUAGGGGGAGAAAAUCAUCACUGGAAAACAGAUUACUGUGGAUGUCUUGCCUACGUGCAGCAAACUGGCUUACGCUAUAGCACAAAGAACAAGGGUUUUAUAGCCGUGAAAUGUCAGUCAUAGGCCCAUCUCCCUAAUGAGGAAACUGCCUUUUUAACCUGUACAGUCGCAGUAUUCUUAUUACUUUUCCCUCUUUAAAUGUAAGAGAAUAUAUAUGUAUUUUAGGAAUGUGUGAGGAAAGGUUUGGGAUUUAUGUUGUGUUAAGUCCUCUUGGUCUGUGGCUGGUCUAACUUAAUGUCGAUGUUGGAAGCUCUAGUUUUACAUAAUAUUAUAAAGAUGCCAAACUCUCUUAAAAGAGAUCCAAAUUUAACACUUGAAGAAAUAUUUUUUUGUAUUUUGCCUGAGAUGCAGGGGCACAAAGGGAUAAGAAUUUUACAGUGUUAGCUUAGCUCCAGGUCUAGGAUAUGAGGCUAGUUUUUUGCAGAGGGUUAGGAAUGGUGGUUUUAUAUUAAAAUAUGAACUGGAAACUCUUAUUUAGUAUAACUUUCUUCAGGAAAAGGAUUAUUCUAUAUGUUUGAGACUGGAGUUUAGUUAGGUAAUAAAAACAAAAAUAAAAAAUAAAAUAACGUGACUGAAUUGUAGUGGACUAAGCUGAUCCGUGGUGUAACCUCACUGGAGCUAGUGUAGCAACAUCACGGGUUGGUUUGGCACUCGCUCUGGCAGAGUUUGGGCUUGGGGACAGGGAAUUCAUGGCCAAAAAAACUGACCUCAUCCACUUCCCUGCUGUGGAUGAAACCAGUGUAUUUUAAUUCCUUUAUAAAAGCUUUUCCACUGCAGUAGAAUACGAGCAAGUUCUAAACGAGCAAACCUCUUUAACAUUUUAAAUUGUUUAUUUAAGCAUCAA